UCUGUUGAAUACAUGAGAUUUGAUAUAUGAAUGUGCGUGUGACUUAUUUUGCGAAGAAGGCGGCAAAACAUCAAACAUCAAAGCAUUUCCACUAAACGUUCUUUAAUGUUCUUCCAUCGAAAUUAUGACGUCUACAUCGUUUAUCCUAUUAAUUGUGGUCGUCUUAACCACAUUGCAAGAAGACCAUCAAAUGGACAGCCUAGCAAGUGAAAUAAUUGUAAAACAAUCGAAUGUUCCUUUAACACCUAACAAUCAAGCUACAAUUAAAGGGUUUGAUGGGAAGGUGGCUAUGCUAACUAAAACUAAAACUGUGCGCAAUCUAAAUAGUCAAAAAGUGCCUUUUAUGUUAAACAGCAACACUAGUAACAAUAAUAUUGAAAUAAUGACAUCUUUAAAGCAAAAUCCAUACCAACAAAUACCAUCCAACACUUAUUCCUCCAACAAUAGCAAUCAACAAAAUGUUAUCCAUUUGAUAAAAAAUGUUGAUGAGAAACUACGACAAAUUCGCAGCAUAGAAAUGCGAGUAGCGACUUUGCAGGAAAUUUUCGAUUCUUUGCAUUUCGCGGGCCCAUCUUUCCAUCAUUUUAUUUUCAACAAGACUAACGCAUCAGCAAAAGUAAAUACAUCUAACUUGGAAUUCAAGGUUCAGCAAGAUUUACAAUUGUUCACAAAACGUUUAUCGCAAAAGCUAAAAAAAGCUUUACACGUACUUAGUGAGUUACGGGAAUUCUUCCAAACAAAUGUAACAAAAAUUAUUAAAUUUACGAACGAUUACGAUGAUGAUUUGGAUGAAGAAAUUGGGAAAUCUUCACAGUUGGAUGAUUUCAAACCCGAAUUCGAUUUAGGUUUAAACGAUAUUGAAGAAAAGCCUUUAAAUUUGCAUUUGAAAUCUUUGUAUUUGAAUACACAUAUCGAGACUUGUUACGAAUCUCGAUUGCCUCCAGAGAAUUACAAUAAACAUCAAAUACAAAUAUUGAACUACGAUAAGACUGAUAAAUUGCAUUUUAAUAAUUAUAUUGACGGCACCUCUCCCCUAGAAGUGAAUGCCUUCAUAAGGAAGAAAUUGCAUGGGUUAAAAAUGAUGAUUGUGAAGCCUGACAGUAUAGGAGAACAACUGAUGGUAGGCAAUCAUUUAAAACAUAUCUACUUUUUAUCUCGAAGUGAUGACGCAGAUAACAGUUUGCGAUCCUAUAACGAUUUGCAUUUUCGCUAUCUUUACACGGCAGCGAUAGAAAAUAAAUAUUUUUUUUUAUUAUUAGACGUAGGAUCAGGAAUGAGUACAGAACUAUGGGAAUUGGCAAAACAAUACGUAACUAAUAUCCUGCAUUUAUUAUCUUCAAAUGACUUAAUUUCUCUGGUUCUGGUGUCCGAUGAGGUGGAAAAUAUGUUAUUGUUAGAAGCUUCUGCUCAAGAUUCUGCCCACGGCUUAUAUAAAGCUACGCGAGAGCGUAAAGAAGAGAUUCUUAGUUUUAUCAAUAACUUAUCUCUAAGCAAAACUCUCACCAAUCAUUCUUUGGGUUUUGAAUUUGCCUUUAAAAUGUUGGCGCGACUUCAAAAUUUGAGUUUAAUCUCUUUACAAAGCCAGCCUAUCGAAUUUGUGUACAUAACCCGUGGAUUAUUAAACAACUUUUCCGAUGCUAAACACGUACUCGAAGUAGUUGCUAAAGGGCAAAAAGCUUUGCUGCAUCCAAUUAUAAUUAACGCUUGUGCUGUAGUUUUAGAUGAGAAACGUAUUAUGUAUGAAAAGCAAUUUCUUAGUGAUAUAGCGAACCAAAAUUAUUCCAAAUACGAUAUCAAAGUUAAUGAGUGGUUCAAAUCGAAUCUAUCGUUAGAUGGAAAGUUUUUUACUUUGACUAAAAGGCAAUCGGAAAAGAUAUCAAAAGUAGCCACUGGCGUAUUCGCAAAAGAUUUUCGUGAACCGUUUCUAGCGAAAUCUCGGCAAGUACACACACCAAUAUAUGAUAAAAAAUGCAAAGAUUCUUUGGUUUCCAUAACUCAUACCGUACCCCCUUUUGGUAUUGUGGGCGUUGAUCUUUAUCUCUCCGAUUUAACGGAGGACGUUUUAAGUUAUCAACAGCAACAGAAUCAGCAAAAUGAAUAUGUUUACGCUUUCCUUUUGGAAACGAACGGUAAUGCUUUAGUUCAUCCUGCCUUAGCACAACCGAAUGCACAAAAUCAAGCCCCAUUUCCUGUUGACAUUGGAUAUUUAGAAAAUUCCACUGAUUUUUUCAAAAUCAGACAACGUCUAUUACAAGAAGAAAGUGGCCAAGCCAUUACCUCAUUGCAUUUAGCAAAGAAUCAAAAAUCUUUGGAAAUGCUAAGAAUUUAUCUUUGGCAAAAUGUAGAGAAUAUAUAUAUAUUGUGCACGGUAAUAACGCGUAAGGCAAAGACGACCAUAACCUCAGAAAAUCAUAAGGAUAUUAACUAUAAUCCUGUCCUACAAAUACCAGCUUCUUUGCCAUUAACUUUGAAACAAUUUAGCAAGCACGCAAAUUUACCUUUAUAUUCAGUGCCAAGAAAUGACCUUGAGGAGCAGAUAACCGCAAUGAACUUAAUAUAUCACCGUUUAGAUUUGUUACCUUUACGAGGAUCAAUUAGCCUAUGCAGAUAUUUUCGACAAUUAGCUACCAUGGAUGGCGCAACUUUAUUCCUAAGCUCGAUCGCUUUUGAGUCACCCUUCACUUUUCUCUACAACAAUCGCAUGAGUUCUGCCCAAAAUCAAAUGCGUACUGUGGAAAGCAUUAUGGCUUAUCUCAAAGAUAUUACAAGAUUACUGGCUAAUCCUGGCCUUAAGCCGCAAAUACGUCAAGAAGUAAAUCUAUUACAUCAAGCAAUGCAAUAUUUAAAGAAAAGACAUCAGGACAGUAGAGGUUCUUUGCGUCAAUAUAUUAUAAGACGCUACAUAGCUUCCGUUAAUGGUGUUUUGCAAAUUUAUCCCGGAUGUUUGUUAAAUCACAACUUUGAUCCUUCUAGGCGUCCGUGGUUUCGCAAAGCUAUGCAACAUCCUGGCACAAUAGUAGCCACUCAACCAUAUUUAGAUGCAGCAGGUUCUGGUUAUAUUGUAACAAUAGCUCAUACGAUUUUUGAGGGCAAAUCGAAUGCAUUGCAUUCCCUUGAACGUGACAAACCCGUGGCUAUAGUAGCCCUAGAUAUGACUUAUUCCUAUUUCUAUAAAAUGAUAAUGGAUUCAACGCCUUUGUGUCAACUGCCUAAUAUAAAAUGUUUACUUUUUGAAAAUGAAGGUUAUCUAAUCGCCCAUCCUUCUAUGUUGGAGCCUAGAACUCGUAUCCGAAAUCAUAGACGUCCUUAUGAGCAUAUAACACACAAAGAAUCUUAUCUUGCCAAUGAUAUUUUAAAUCAUAAAAUCUUGGUACAUAAGCUGGCCUGCGCUAAUUACCAAAAUCAUACCUUACAACGGUAUUAUGUGUUCAAUACGUCGUUGAACGAGAUACUUACAAAUGUAGUUCAUGGGGAACGCACCAAAUACGCCGUCACUUUGCUGAGGGGAACAAAUAUAUUUGCUGCCGUUUUGAACUCCACUUGUGAUGGAGGAGCUUUUUGUCCUUGCAGCACUAUUGAUCGCGUUUGUUUGAAUUGCAAGCGUAUGGAUCAAAUGGAUUGUGAGUGUCCUUGCGAAUGUCCUAUGGCUACUAUAACAGAAAAUGACGACAAUGGGGAUAAUGAGUUAUGGCCAAACUCAAUGUUCUUAAAUAUAUCUCAGCAAUUCAUGUACUGUGAGCCACCCAACGAAGAGUUUUAUCCGAUUCCAGAAGGAUUUAGUGGUAGUCAUCAAUACUUGCUAUUACCGCCUUGCCUAAAUAUCAAUUGCGAUGUGUUCGGCAAUCAAAAGGAUUGUUUGGCGGUUAUGGGUUGUGAAUGGUGCCAACAAGAUAUGGAAGGCGAUGAAUUUCCAACCGCUUUUUGCAGCACUCAAACUGCUUGCUUUAACGGUGUUUUAGCUGGCACGUCGCCAUAUGGUGAUUUAGAUGAUGUCGAUUUAAUGGCUGCCCACGGUUAUAGCCCCGAUCAGAAGUAUAAUUCUUACUCAGCUUUCGGGCCUAUAGGGGGUGCCAUUGUCGUUUUGAGUUUAGUUAUAGGCUUAGCCGUUUAUUGUUAUCGCCAAAAUAUAGACAGUUCUUCACAAGAACAAUUCUAUGUAGAUUCAAUGCAAGAAGAGAAUUACGGAUUACCAUUAUCACGUUUCAAUUUUGAUGACUGUCAGGCUCACGACGAGUCUUCAGGAGGUGGUGGUGGCGGAGGGACUGCCGGAGGAGGAGGAUACGAUCAAGCAAAUGUGCAAAGAAAUCUUUUAAAUGCCGCCGAUAUAUCGCCAUACCACAUGAGUACGGGGAGCAGUUACAGGCGACCGCCUAACGGUGAAUCAGAUCAUGGUUAUUCCACAAUGACUCCUCAUGAAGAUUCCUCGGAUCAUCAAUGUUUCACUUUAGCUGAGCCCUUACUGCUUAACGAUAAGAGGUAUAGCAAAUCGGAUACAAUGUCAAUAUCAACUUCUAUAUCUUCGCCUACUAGUAGACAACAGCAACAGCAGCAACAAAUUCAUUCCAAUAGCGUGGGAUUGCCUAAUAAAGGCUCUAAACAUAAUUUAACUUCACCUAAAAAAUAUCAUUCACCCGCCCGUGCGUAUGAACAGAUGGAUGAUCAUGAUGAUUUAGCUCAUGUCCCAGGGGCUACACAUCUUAUUUUGGCUCCGGUGACCGUACACAGGCAUAUGGAAACUUUCGAAUCAUAGCCAAGCGCUUAACAAUUUUUGCAGAGCAUAAGCAAAAAGGCAAAUCAAAAUGCUUCUUUGUUGUAUAAUAUACAUCAACUAUUUCACUGCUUAUAAGAGUGAAAUAUAAAUAUCGAAUAUAUUCGUAAUGUUUCAUGUUUGCCAGCAUUUUUAAUAUUUAAGUUAUAAUUGUUCAACUAAUACAGACACAAACGAAAUGAUUUUGUUAACUCUCUCUCUCCCGCCCGCUAUAUAUGUACGUAUAUGUAUAGCAUUGCCAUUUCCAUCUUGCUUAGUUAAAACUAUAUUAAGUCAAGAGAUAAAGUACUUCCUUUAUU